AACUAUACCUCCGUUACCUGCAUGCAUUAACAUCUAUGUUGGUGGUUGUUUAUUAAAAAUAAUAUGAAGUAAAAUUGAAGUGGUGACGGAAAUUGAACGAUUGCAGGCUUUCGACACAAGUGGUGACGGAAAAGUGAGUUAUGAAGAGAUUAAGCCCGAAAUACUUCGCCGUACAGAUGGAUUCACUUUGAAGCAGAUGUUCAAAGCGAUUGACUUUGAUAAGGACUAUCAUCUAACGCCGCAAGAAUACCUAGCGCUUUUGAACGAACUAAAGAUUCAAAAAGAGGAAGGAGACUCUGGUGCUCCAAGAAUUAUAGAACCAAGAGAUAAUGCUAUCCCUCUUGACAAGAAGAAACGUCAUCAGGGAAAAACAGGAGCACCCGUGGCUAGCAGUGAUGCGAAGGCAAGUCCAGAAUUCACACUAGGUUUUCGUGCAAAAAGUGCAAAGCCGUGCACGCAUCUUGUGGCGGAAACAACAAAACUUGCUUAA